CAGCUGUAUCCGGGUUACCACAGGUCGUUCGCCCCUCACCAGGCGGGAAUAGUAUGACACUUCCCCCAUCGGUCAUAGGUAAACGUCAAGACGAGGCUAAUAUGACGCAAAUGCCCAUUAUGGCCAGACACACAUUGCCGCCAUCUAUAAUAGGAAAACGUCAAGAUUCUGACGGAGAAACGACAUUGUGUGAGCACUGCUGUAAUAGUAGUACCAUAUGUAACACCGGAGGAUAUUGUGGAUCUCUCUCUUUGAACAAGCCUGGUCCUAUAUGUUACAGCUGUAAAGAAGCACGGACCGCUGACGGUUGUGACCAGAUUGUUCAAUGUGGUGAAGACGAGAAAUGUUUUAUUGGACAAGUAUUUAAUCGAUUAUCCCAAGAAAAAAGAUGGACACAUGGGUGUAAAAGUAAUAAAACGUGUGUAUUUACACAAUGGAAGAGAGAUACAGAUGAUGGAAACGGUCAAGUCUGUGAGGAGUGUUGUGAGGACCACUUGUGUAAUAAUGUGUGUAAAAAUUACAUCGACUGGAACGCCCCCUUUACCACACCCACUAAUAAUAUCACUUCUAUUGUACCGACCACUUCAUCACUAGAGCUCACAUCUAGGAAGACUGAUGCGACAACGACACGUAUGACUGAGAUGUCGACACUCGAGAUUAUAAAAACAACAUUGCCGACGACAAAAACAACUACAUUGCCGACGACAAAAACAACUACAUUGCCGACGACAAAAACAACUGCAUUGCCCACGACUAAAACAAUAAUACCGACGACAAAAACAAUAUCUAUGCCGACGACAGAAACUCCAACAACUGUAAUACCGACGACAAAAACAACAACAAUGUCGACGACAGAAACACCAACAACUACCAUACCGACAACAACGACAACAACGUUGCCAACAACGACGCUCGACCCUGUUGUGAUGGUUAAUUGUAAUUUUGAGUCUGGCCUUUGUAAUUGGCACCAAGAUAAAAUGGAUGACGGUGACUGGAGAAUUCAUUCAGGACCUACAGCUACUGAUAAAACUGGACCAGAUAGUGAUCAUACAUUGGGCACGGCAUCUCUAAGUGUUUAUAUAAAGGAUAGUCAUGGAAAUUUACAAAAAAUAUGGAGUCAGUCCGGAAAUCAUGGCAACAACUGGUUACCAGCUAAAAUAAAUUUACCAGAUACUCCAGGACAAAUAGUAAUAGAAGGGUACAGGGGAGCAGAUAUACAUGGCGAUAUAGCAGUAGACGAUAUUAAACUGGUUCCUAAUUGCAAUCCUUAA